CUCGUGCGGUCGCUUCAAAAGCGGGAUGGAUGUGCUCCUGAACGCGAGCAGUCCCUUCAUACGCGCGCAGCAAUGGGUCCAGCGGCUUCUGAACUUUGCGGUUCCAACCUUUCUAAAGCAGCGUCAAACAAUGUUGGAUUCUUGUCUCGUGUCUUUGACAAAGUUCCGUUCGGGCGCUUCGCCGUUUUCUCCGUCCUGCUGUUCCUUCGUGUCACGUCUUGUUCAGGAACAAACCUGCAGGACGCCCCACAGAAGAUCAAAGCCUUCGUGGGUGAAACAGUGGUUCUGCCCUGCAACAUCUCUGUCUCAGGUGAACUGCCAACGGUGGAAUGGUCAAAGGAAGGUUCAAACGUAGCGUUCCUCUACCGGGACGGUUGUGAGGACUUUGCCAUGAAGAAUGAAGCUUUCCGAUACAGGACGAACCUCAUCACGAAUGAACUGAAAGAUGGGAACAUCUCACUGAUGAUUUCUGAUGUUCAGCUGACGGAUGCUGGUAAAUACCAGUGUGUGAUUGUCAAGGGGAGAAAAGAUCGGAACGUUGUCAAAACGCUGGAGCUUGUUGUGGGUGCCUUUUCUGAGCCAAAGCUCUCAGUCGUCUCAGGUGCAGACGGUGCACAGACUCUGGAAUGUGAGACGAGCUGCUGGUUCCUGGAGCCUGAAGUUACAUUUGUAGACGACCAGGGAAACAUCAUCAGUGGUGAAAACCCAAAGAGACAUCAAGAGCCCAGAGGAUGCUUCACCGUCACAAAGAGAGCGACUGUGCCCACUGGCUCCAACAGGGUCACGUGCAGAGUUCACGAGCCUCAGAUGAACAAGACCAGAGUCUCAGAGAUUCACUACAUACGAGGGGACUGUGUUUCCUCCUGCAUUAUACCCUUCGCCAUUGCUCUUCUGUUGGUCAUUUUAGGGUUUUCAUGUGUCUUUAUAUGCAAAACAUGUGCGAGCAGAGAAACAUGCAGGUGGACGUCCCAACGGAGGCCAACAGUCACGUAUACGGUUGUCGACAAGGAAAACCAGGAGCUGCAGAACCAACUUAGUGAGACAAAUUGUGGACCGACAGCACCAGUGGAUGAACUCGGAUCUAGACGCAGUCCUGUCCUGCAGCAGGAUCAGCCUACGAUCAGCGCUGGUCCCUCCACAUCCUCUCCAAACAUGUCAAAGCCUGCUAGCCUCCCCCUGGACCAGCGCCCUCAGGUCAGCAGUGCAGAGCCACCAGCCUCAGCCCACAGCAAGCACUCAGCACAAGAAGCCAGAGCAAGGAAAGACUCAAAAGCUGGGGUCCUGAGGCAAAAGACACCAGUGGAGCCUCGGGUCAAAUCAAGCAGCCACAGCAAAAGCUCCCCUGCUCCUUUAAAGAAUGAUAGAAUCGAUGAAUCUGCUUCAUCUUCAUCCUCUUCUUCAGAUAACAAGGUUCAUCGUACAAGGACCCAUUCUCAUCCUCCUCGAAAUGAAGCCAAGCCUUCACUUAGACACACCUUCUCAGAUCCACCAUCAUACCUGUCUCAUAACCCCUUCAGUGUCUUGGGAAAUUUAAGUGAUGAGUCAGAGAAGCUGCUUCCACAUGAUGAGAACAAAAAACAAAAAAAGGACCGGGAUCUGGAAACCUGAACCACUUUCAGACUUGGACUUGGUCACCAGGUGUGUCCUUGUGUUCCCACUGCUACUUAACAGUAAAAACACAGUGACCCAUUUCCCCACGGUGUGUUCUAACUAUAGAAUAUUAAUUUAUAUUAAUGAUUGAACAGUAAUUAAAAGUAUUAAUGUUAAAUCCUUUAUUGGUCGUAUGCUGCCGUUUACAUUGAACCCAUCCCCUGAGGGAGCAGUGAGGUGCCACACAGUGCGCCUGGGAAGCUGUAGUGUAGUGCAAGGACACACCUGGGCCCAGAUGCAGGAUUCAAACCAGGGACCUUCAGCUUCCUAAGCUGUUCUUUACCAACUGACCUACCAACUGUUUGCUAAAGCCAUGGUUUUUUUAGGCACCAACAGCCAGAAUGAGCAGGCUCUUCUUGCAUUCAGUGCUCAUGCAGUACGUGAUCCAUUGGGCCUCUCCCCUCACGUACAGAAACGGAACAUACCGAGUAAACAAUGCUCAGCAAAUCGAGUUCAAUGAGCAGUUCCUCUGACCAGUAAGUCGGACAAUUUCCUGGUCUGUUUUAGUAUUUUUUUGUACAAAACAGGACAAAAUCAUCAUUGAUUACUCAAACAUGUAAUUACACAAUGAACACAAAGAACAAAAUCUGGGUUUACAGUGCAGGAUGACACACACAACAAGGAAACUGGUUCCACUACUGGGAACAGUCAAUAAACUGUAAGUUUGAAACGAA